AUAUUUCCAUUACAAAAGAACCGAGGAAAUUUAUAAAAUAAAUUCAACGGUCCAAGAUAUGGUGCUCAUCCUGAACAUCCCCACCUAGACAAAUUCAACUACUACUUCACAAUCACAAUACAAUGUUAAUAACAAUGGAGUCAAAUACCCCUUUCAAGUCAAACUCAAAGAGCCUCCUUAAACUUUACAUUUCUUGGUACCUACUAAAUAAUACACACUUUCUCUUACCCCCAAUUCAUAAAUCAGCUUCUUCUUCUCCAUCAUAUAAUGAGUGAUGCUGAAUUCAUGAACUUUUAUUUAUUUUAUUCAAUCUUUAAAAAAAAUAAGAAGAAAAAAUGCUGCUUUUUCUGUAAGUCAAACUUAUUCAAUCUAACUCUGUUACUUCAGUUUCAUCUUCUGCUCUCAUUAUCAGAAAAUCAUUAUGGUGAUUGCGAGCCCAGAAAAUGUGGGAAUCAAAUCAUAAAGUAUCCAUUUCAUAUACAAAAUGAUCAAAAACCAUAUUGUGGGUAUCCUGGUUUUGGGGUGUCCUGCAAUUCUGACAGUUUUCCUGUGUUCAAUAUAUCAGGAGAUGCUUAUAUUAUUAAAAAUAUUUCUUAUGAAAGUCAGAAGUUUCAAGUCAUAAACUCAGCUCUUGUUAAAGAGGUUCCGAGUAGCCAGGGUUGUUUCCAUUCUCUUCAUAAUCUGUCGAUACAGAAUGAUCUGAUGAAGUUCUCGACGUAUCAUGAUUAUGUAUACGUGUUUCCUGAUUGUCCAGAGAAGGUUUUGAAAGAAUACAGGGAUAAAAGAGUGAAUUGUGGGAGUUUGGCAAUGUAUAAGAAUGACUCAAAAUUGCAGUAUUUGGAGAAAAAGUGCAAAGGAGUUGUUAUUGAAGUUCCUUAUAAUAAUGAGGGUCAGACUAAAGGCAAAGUUAUGGAUAUGCUUGAAAGGGGAGUGUUGUUGAACUGGAAAGCCUAUAAUUGUACUGCCUGCUUAGAAACUGGAGGGCAGUGUGGGUUUGAUGAGCCUAAUAAUCAAUUCAAUUGUUUCUGUCUUGAUCGAACUCAUGCUCUUCAUUGUCCUCCAAUUCAACAGGUUCAUAAGAAGUCUCGGUGGCAUCUAAUUCUUGGAUUAGGCAUUGGAGGGCUUGUGCUUGUGUUUCUAGCAUUUCUAGCCGGCUGGCACCGUAAGAAGCUGAAAUUUGGUCACUCAAAAUAUGUGAGUCGGAGUGUGUCCCUUGAUCGGAGUGCAUCAGACCUCGAAAGGGGAAACAUAUACUUUGGCAUUCCACUUUUCACCUACAGUGAACUAAUUGAAGCCACUGACAAUUUCAAUGAGUCUAGAGAGCUUGGUGAUGGAGGCUUCGGAACAGUUUAUUAUGGAAAGCUAAAAGAUGGUAGGGAAGUAGCAGUAAAGCGGCUGUACGAAAAGAGCUUCAGAAGGGUGGAACAGUUCAUGAAUGAAAUUCAGAUACUCACGCGUUUGAGACACCAAAACCUUGUAACUCUUUAUGGAUGCACUUCCCAGCACUGCAGGGAGUUACUGCUUGUAUACGAGUAUGUGGAAAAUGGGACUGUGGCAGAUCAUCUGUUUGGUGAAAAGGCAAAACCCGGAUCACUCACAUGGCCCAUCCGCCUCAGAAUUGCCAUUGAAACAGCCAGUGCACUUUCAUACCUUCAUGCUUCUGAUAUUAUACACCGUGAUGUCAAAACUAGCAACAUUCUCCUUGACAGCAACUACAAAGUUAGGGUGGCUGAUUUCGGACUUUCUAGACUCUUUCCUACUGAUGUAACUCAUGUCUCAACAGCACCACAGGGGACUCCUGGGUACGUAGACCCGGAGUACCACCAAUGUUAUCAGCUAACUGAUAGAAGUGAUGUUUACAGCUUCGGGGUUGUUCUCAUUGAGCUUAUUUCUUCUCUGCCUGCAAUUGACUUGGAGAGGAAUAGAAGUGAGAUCAACUUGUCUAACUACGCGAUGAACAGGAUCCAACGAUGUGCAUUUGAUGAGUUGGUAGACCCGCAACUAGGCUUUGCCUCAGAUUUUAAGGUUAAGAAGAUGACUACUUUGGUGGCAGAGCUCGCAUUCCAGUGCUUACAACAUGACAAGGAAUUCAGACCAUCUAUGGAUGAGAUUUUGGAGUCACUGAAUAGGAUAGAGAGUUCCGAUUAUGAUGCUUUGCAGGAAGAAGAGAUGGCUAAUGAUACUGGGGAAGUGGUGAAAACACAAAGUAGUUGUCCACCACCUUCAUCUAUAGAUGAUGAUCAUGCACAGUUGUUAAAUACUCGUCAGCUGCAUCCGCCUUCUCCAAUUUCUGUAAUGGAUAAAUGGGACAGUAGAUCCACUAUACAAAGCAAAGACAAGUAAGUUGAUGUUUUAUGUUUAUUACUUUUUGGAAAAUAACAUUGGUAAGCAAUUAAAAUGAUAAAGAGGAACCUUUUGGCACCUCAAGCUCUAGGUAGUGUAACCAUGAAAUCGUGUUUUUACUCGUAUAAUGGUCCAUAUCUGACUAUGAACUAUGCACAUAUUUGGAAUUUUUGAUGUAAGAAAUGUAUAGAGGAGAUUAAUCCACAUUCUGCAGUACUGCUUCAAAUCUCAGUGAACUGUGUUUAGAGCGCUCGCUGUUAUUUGGAGAAUGCUUCUUGAAAACUGUCUUAACACCUUGCAAUAUCUUAAAUUGAUGUAUCACAAAAUCAUCAUUAUGAUU